AUGGAUCGUUUGGCGUGUGCUCUGGUGCAAGCUGGUUGUCCGUUGAAUGUGCAAGACUGUGAUGGACAGACAGCUGCUCAUCUGCUGAUGAGGGAGAUGAAUCGCAUCUCAUCAGCUUCACGCGACUGCAACAAUCUGCACGAUAUAGCUAGUCGUGUUCGACCGCAUUGGCAGUUCGCUAGUCUCUGUUUCCUGACCGCUCGAGGAGCUGAUCUUUCUUUGGUGUGA